AUGAAAGAACUCGAAAAAACCCAAAACGCUUUAAGUACAGUAUUUGUAUUGGAUGUUGAAAAAUCUAUAGGCAAUUAUGUUGUUGACAUUGAUGGAAAUAUUAUGUUGGAUGUUUAUGAACAAAUUGCUUCUCUUCCAUUAGGUUACAAUCAUCCAGCGAUUCAAAAAGUUUUUCAAGAUUCAAAAAAUUUGAGUCAUCUUGUUAAUCGACCAGCACUUGGUGUUCAUCCAACACCGCAAUUUAUUAAACAAAUAAAUCAAACAUUACUUCCAGUCGCACCUAAAGGUCUUGACUAUGUUCAACCAAUGAUGUGUGGUUCAUGUUCUAAUGAAAAUGCAUUUAAAGCUAUGUGUAUAUGGUAUGCAAAUAAACAUCGCAAUGGAAAAGCAUUUACUGAUGAAGAAUUAAAAUCAUCUAUCUAUAAUAAAUCACCAGGUUGUCCAAGUUUUUCGAUAAUGUCAUUUGAAGGAGCCUUUCAUGGACGAACAUUUGGUACACUAGCAUGUACACAUUCAAAACCGAUUCAUAAACUUGAUAUUCCAAGUUUUGAUUGGCCAAUAGCACCAUUUCCAAGAUAUAAAUAUCCAUUAGAAGAAAAUGAACGAGAAAAUACAAAAGAAGAUGAAAAAUGUUUAGCUCGUGUUGAAGAAUUAUUUCAUGAAUAUAAAUCAAAACAAAAACCAACUGUUGGUGUUGUAGUUGAACCAAUUCAAAGUGAAGGUGGUGAUUAUCAUGGAAGUCCAACAUUUUUUCAACGUCUACAAAAAAUAACUAAACAGAGUGAUGCAGCAUUACUCAUUGAUGAAGUUCAAACAGGUCUUGGUGCAACGGGAAAAUUUUGGGCACACGAACAUUUUAAUUUACCGGAAUCACCUGAUAUAGUUACAUUUGCAAAAAAAUUUCAAACCGGUGGUUAUUUUGCUAAAGCAGAAUUUCAACCUAAACAGCCUUAUCGUAUUUUUAAUACUUGGAUGGGUGAACCAGCAAAAAUGUUAGUAUUAGAAGCUGUAUUAAAAACAGUAAAACAAGAAAAUUUAAUUGAAAAUACAAGAAAAACUGGUGAUAUACUUUUAAAUGGUUUUAAAAAUAUAAGCAAACAAUAUUCACAAUUAAUUCUUAAUGUACGUGGUCGAGGUACAUAUUGUGCAUUUGAUAUGCCGGAUGCCUCAACACGUGAUAAAUUUAUAAAUCAAAUGCGAAAUGCCGGUAUUCAAGUAGGAGCUUGUGGUGAUAUUGGUAUACGUUUUCGUCCGGCAUUAAUUUUCACCGAAAAACAUGUUCAUAUUGUUCUUGAUAAAAUAACAGAAGUAGCAAAGAAAUUUUGA